CAGGCCCCUACCAAGUGUAAGACACAUGCAGAUAUUUAACUAGAAUACAUAUAGGUUAAGGGUGGGGCUUGCUACCAGUUCCUGCCGCUCAAGUAUUCACCGUCUGAAUGUCAGUGCAGCAACAUUACUGCCAUAUCUGUGCCACAGUUGCUGUACUAAUACAGGAAUGAGACAUCACAUCUCAAUCACUACAGAGUGGACAAUCCUAUCACUUCAGAUGCAAAACUAAUAGAGCUGAUCCAAACAUUCAGAUGCUCCAGAAUCAAGGAACCAGUAACAUCUCUGUACAUUUGAACCAAUCAUUUGUACUUCAUCUGUGGGAGCAUUUGGAACCUGCUCAUAUUAUCCCAUAAGAAGCAGCCAAAGUCAGAUAUCUCUGUUUUGCUUUGGCUACGUGGGAAACAUGAGAAAUUCCCACAGUUUAUCAGUUUGUUCCAAUGAAAGGAAUUUGGGAAGAUCAGAGUUGAGUGGCAACAGAAUCUGAUUUCCACAUCAACAAAGCCAGUUCUUUGAAUAUUGACGGCAUCUCAAAAUAGCAUUUUUGGUCUCUUUGAGUUCUAAAAUUUAUACAGAAGUAGAAGAGUGAAAAUUAAUUCAGCAUAUCUUGAGAUCACAAACUGGGGGAAGGGGGAGACUUUCUCUAAAUUUUCAAAUUUAAAUCAAGAAGCAAAAAAAUUCAAAGAUGUGCUACCAAAAGCAAUCUCAUAGAUACUGCAAUCCAGACUGUUGGCUUCUGCCCAUAUGCCUCAUGAUGCUCCUCACUGAAAUUUUUUCUCAUACCUGUAACCAGCUUCAUCAAAAGAUAUUGGAAGAAAACCGGGAUAAUGUGAAGCUUUUGACAAGUAAAAUGGGACCAACUUUUCCUCGGCAAUGUAUAGAUGAUAUCAUGAAAUUUUCCUCCACACCAGGUGAAGAAAAUGUCCCAAAUAUUCGUGAAUUCCAGAAGGAUCGUAUUACCACAGUUAUACAUGAAAUCCUCAAGCAGAUACUUCAUAUCUUUAAUCAAAACCACACCAACUUGUCUUGGGAUGAGAAUUCCAUCACUGUUUUUAAGCUUGGGUUGGACCAACAAAUAGAGAAACUGGGAGCAUGCUUUGGUUCAGAGCCAGAUGAUAUCAGAAGUAAAGUGAGGAAGUACUUUGAACGGAUGCACAAAUUCUUGAAAGAUAAAAAGUACAGUCUAUGUGCCUGGGAGAUUGUCCAGAUUGAAAUCAGCCAGUUUUUCACAAUGGUGGAUCAGCUCAUUCAAAAACUCCCAGAGGAAGCUCCUGAAGCAAAAGAUGCUGAGAUCUCAAAUCCACAGAUUCUCCCAGAGUUCCCUGAUGGGGAGACCAUGAAGGAAGAAUUGCCCCAGGGUUGCAGCCAGCUUCAAAGCAAGCUACGGGAAGCCAACAAGAAAAAUCUGGAACUUCUUAACGGCAACAUGGGAUCAGCUGUUCCUCGAGCAUGUUUAAGUGACACAGUCAAUUUCUUUUCCAAGCCAAAUAAAGAAAGUCUUCAAAUCAUUCGUGAAUGCCGGGAGAAGAAUGCCACAGAGGCCAUAUAUGAAAUCCUCCGACAGAUCGUUUUACUCUUUGGGCAAAAUCAUACUCAGUUGUCUUGGGAUGAGGAUUCCACAACAGUUUUCGAGCUUGGACUGGACCAUGAAAUUGGGAUAUUGGGACCUUGCUUGAGGUCAGGGAUGGCACCGCUGAACAUCAAACAGGGAGUGAUGAAAUAUUUUGAACAAAUCAAUCAGCAUCUGAAAUAUAAGAAGUACAGCCUGUGUGCCUGGGAGGUUGCCCAGAUAGAAGUUAAGCAGUGUUUAAUAUUGAUUGAUCAACUCAUCAAAAAGCUUCCAAAUGAAGAUCCACCUGCCAUUAAUACAUUAAUGAAAGAACAGCUGGAUGCAAUUGCAAUGCCUAAAGAACCCUCAGAUCCUUCAGCUUUCAGUGGAUUCUUCCUGUGACACAUUCCAAGAAAACAGAACUGUAGUUGCUACCAAUUUUUUCACUAAGUUUAAAAUAGCAUAAUAACACUUUGAAAUGCACUGAUUUACACUGAAGCCUUUUACAGAAAACAGAACGAAAUGAAAACAAAAAGGAAAACCAGAACAUUGGAUAAAACAGUAGAAGCGGUAAAUCCAGAAGAUUCUACAUUCUUUUCACCUCAUGAAAACCCUCUGAAAUGAAAUUGGGUGGGCGUUGCUUACACUGAUUCUAGUACUAUCUUUAUUUUUAACUUCUGUCCAUAAAGGGUCCUAAAUGUUGAUAUUAGUACACUUCAACUCACUUAGAAAAUGUUACUGGUAUUUUAGGGACUAUAACUAGUAUUUAUGUCACCAGUCAGUGUGAAUACAGGUAGACGUUUAUUGUCUUAAU